GGGAGAACGGAGAGACGGAGAAGCGAGGAGGAGGACGCGGGGAGCGGGAGAUCCCUGCCGGGCCCGCACUUCACAGCGUGCUUCGUCAUUCGGGACAUUUCGCGGUCGGAGGCGGCCGGGCCCUCCUGCGGCGCUCCGUCGGACGGACGCAGAGACGCGGCGGCGCAGCAGCCAGACCCGCGGCCACACUCCCUCCGGCAGCGCCAGCCUCCCACUCCCCCAAUCUCGGCCUUCCGAGAACUUUAUUUCCCGUCAGGGCGUGGGGCCCCACGCACGCGCGUAGCGGCCUCCGCCAUGGCGACCGUGCUGUCCCGCGCGCUCAAGCUCCCAGGGAAGAAGAGCCCGGAUUUAGGGGAAUAUGAUCCUCUCACCCAGGCUGACAGUGAUGAAAGUGAAGAUGAUCUUGUUCUCAAUCUAAAGCAGAAAAAUGGAGGUGUCAAAAAUGGAAAGAGCCCCCAGGGAGAAGGGCCAGACCCUGACUCAGAUGCAGAAGGAAUUGGGCCUGCCAAGCAACAUUUGUCAGAAGUCACCACCGAAGGUUAUCCUUCGCCACCUCUUGGCAAUCUGGAGCAAAAGACAGCAUCUUCAUUUGUGUCUCACAUACGCACAUUGAUCUUCUUGCUCACUGUCCUGAUUUCGAUGAUCCUGGUGCUAGUAUGUGCCUUUCUGAUCCCUUGUCCUCCCAGAGAUCUGCAGAAUAUGUGGAGUCGCCAUUUGGGCCCAGAAGGGGGUGGGAAUUUGUCUCCACUGGAACUGGUUGAUGUGAAUGGUGAUGGGUUGCCUGAUGUCCUGCUUUCUUUUGUGAACUUAAAAAAUGAAAGUAUGAUAGGUGUCCCUAAGCCCCAGGCCACUCUUCUAGCUCUUUCAGGGGUAAAUGGUAGCACUCUUUGGACCAGUUCUCUUGCAGAGGAGGCACAAAGUUUGCAGUGUUCUGGGCUUACUCUAGUAGACUCAGCAGAAGCCAUCUGUCUUGUGACUGGAAUAUCCAAGCUGCUCAGUGCACUCAAUGCUACUUCAGGUAAAGCCAUUUGGACUCUAAAUCCAAGCCACUUAUCCAGUGGGACUUUGGCCGCUCCAGCUGUGUUGCUGCCUGAUUUGGAUGAUGAUGGAGUUAGAGAUCUCAUGAUUCUGACUACUGGGCUCUUACAGGGAGAUCUCUGUUUCCUGCUAGUUUCAGGCAAGACAGGGAUUCCUAUGGGCCGACCUGUGAAGUACAACAUCGUGAGAGAGGGCAAUCUGAUUGGUCCUCAGGUUCACAUCACCACACAUGGAGCAAUCUAUAUCCUGUUUGGCUUUGGCAACAUUCAGGCCAUCGCCCUGAAGGAUAUUUUUAUCCAGGCUGAAAACCGGGAUAGCUCACCGCCUUCGUUGCAGAUUGAGGAACCAGAGUGGGAAAAAAGAAGAUCCGUCAAUCUAUCUGAGCUUAUUGAUGUUUAUAGUGAUGGAGUUGAAUUCCUUCAGAUGGUAAAAGCACCAGACAGCAAUUGUAGCAACCUCCUUAUCACAACCACUCAGGGUCUUGUUCUACUUCGGGGUCAAGACCUUGAACGUCAUUGGGUGCUGAAUCUCCAAGGUCUAUGCAGCCAACCUACUCUUGGAUAUUUUACAAAUGACCAGACCUUGGAUUUCCUACUGGAGGCACAGUAUGGAAAUGGGAUGAAAAAGGUGAUUGUAGUUGAUGGUAACUCAGGUGUAAUCAUUUGGAAUAACAGUCUCCCAUGUCACAUGAAAGAAUCAGCAGCUACUUCAGUGAUGACAUCAGACCAAAAAUCUGUUUUUCUCUUUUGGGCUGAAGGCUUAUCAGCAUCACCAUCUGAUUCAGAUCUCAACUCAGAACCUGAACUACCUGGACUCCACCAUCUUUAUCUUCUACAUCCAACCUUCCCCACACUCCUCCUGGAUCUGGCUAAUGACACAGGCACUGUAAAUGCUUCAGCAAUUGGAAUUAAUGAUGUCUGGAAAGAUGCCUUCUAUGUUAUCAGGAAAACAGGGCCUGGGUCUGAAAACCAUCCAAGACCUCUAGUUGUCAGCAAGGUGAACUUAAGGUGGGCCUUGAUGGAAAGCCAGGUUGUUCUGCUAAAGGAGACCACUCCCAAAAUUGGCCGGGGAGAACUAAGAAGAUUCCUUUCUAGGAUCAAGUUUGUCAGUUCACAGAAGGUUUAAUCUGAAGUUACCUCCACUUUCAAAAUGGACUAAUUGAGGACCCUUUCUUUAACUUAGAAUCUUCUCAGUCAAAUCUGUAAAGUCAGGUAUAUGGAGAAAGCAAAAGGAAGCUUCUUUCCCCACAUUGUCUUGCCACUUUUGUCUAAUUAACACAGAGCAUUUUGGAGAGCAGGCUGUUACACUUUUAUAAUGGUUUCACCUGAAUAGCAAUGAUAUGUUUAGCUUUCCUUCUUGACUUUCAUAUCAGAACCAUCCACAAGCUUUCUGUGGGUCGUUUAAAAAUGUAAACCUUAUGGGGUGGGGGAGGGGAAAGGAAAAGAAUAAGGAGAGGGAGAGGGAAAAAGAGGAAGAGAGAGGGAGAGACAGAGACAGAGACACAGAGUCAUGGAGGGGGGAAGAGAUACACACACACACACACACACACACACACACACAGAAAGGAGAUGGGUGAGGGAGAGAAUGAAUGAGAAUGAAUAUGUAAUUUAUAAGGAAAUGUUGAGAAGUGUCAGAGAAGUAGUUAUAUCCAGGAAAUAUUUUUUGCUUUGUGUUACUUUUUGGGUUUUGAAAUGUGGAGUGUUUAUUAGAUGUAGUUCUAAUUUCCUUGCACAUGUGAAACAUGUGAAACAUAUCUGGGCCAUUUGGUCAUCUCUGCUCCUUCAAAUUUCCUACCACUUAUCUUAGGGUCACCAUUUUUCUGACCUUUCACUUCCUCCUCACCCAUGUCAAUCUUGAACUAUCUCAUUUGUCAAUCAUUGGCACCAAUUUAAAACAAUAUGAGAAUAUUGCCUAUUCUUAUCCAUUCCAUCCGUUCUUUCUAAACUUCCCAUCCAGAUAUCCAGAGGCUAUGGAAAGAGCUACAUUACUAUCACAAGCAGAAUAAGAGAAAUAAGUUCAAGUGAAUUAUCUUCGAUAAAGCCCCUUAAUAUAUUGGUUUUCAGUAUGUCAGAGAUGAUCCACUGUUUCUGUUGUGAUGUCAUGAAUAAGUGGAAACUUCUUACUGGUCAUAAAAAUGCUAAAAGUUGGGAAGAGUUGAGUUUCAUAUUCUUUUCCUUAUAUUACACUGACUUUUCCUAAUGAGUGGUACACUUCCCUCAUUGAAUCUGCUUUCUUCCUACAAUUUCUUCUUGCUUUUUCUAUAUAUGAACAAUAUUUUUGCAUUGUUGUACAAAAUCCUUAUGGAAGGAAAAGCUAUUCUUGAACCCCUCUCUUAAAACCUUGAGCCUUGAUAUGUAGUUCCAUUUAGAGCCAUGGAACAGCUUGUAUAUAUUUUGUGAUGUUCUUGUGUAAAUACUGUAAUUUUGUAAAUAGCAAGUUCAUUGGUGUAGUCUCCAGUUUUUUGUUCCCUUCCUUUUUUCUUAAUAGGUGUAGAUUCUAAUAAGUUAUCUUACAAUAGGGUUAUUUAUUGCGCUAAACCUUUCAGUGGAUACUUUGACCCAUACCCACAAUGGAUGUGACAUAUCAUAGGAAAUCCUAGUCAAGGAGCAGGUAGAAGGACCAUUUCCUCCCUUGAGCUGUUUUAUAAUGUGUCUUCACUGACAUUUUCAGUAGUUCUCCCUUAUGUUUAUCUUCUGAUAACUUCAGGUAUUUCACUGAUAACGUUGUUAAAUUUGAAAGAGCACGUGUUCCAUUUUCCCAGUGAAAGUCAUAUGACAUAAUAGAAAAAGGUCAGUCACUUUCGACAUGUACCAUGUACUGCUUGAAUGCAGCCAGUCUGGGUAUACUGCUUCUCCAAGUACUUGACCCAUACCUGUGAUGAAAGUCAGUUGCAGACUAGCUUGUGUCUGAAUCCCAAUUUGGCACAGAGAAAGGAAGAAAGAGUAUCCAGUUUGAUCUAAAAAUAUCCUAGUAGGAUAAGAUGUUCCAGGUCAUCUGGAGUUUGUAUCUACUUUGAAGGAUGUAGUAGUAUUAGGUCCUAUUUUGAAUGAGGAUCUUUCUCUGCUUUACAUAGAUCCAGUUGUUGGAAAGGGUUCCAAAAUCUAAUUUGAGCCAUGCUCUGUAAUGGUCCCUGUGGCCUGGCUGUUCCCGGUCAUAUACUGCUGAGAUCUAAGGAUUUCAUAUUUCUCCAGUAUAGCCAGGCUUUCAGAUUGACUAUCUAUAUUUAGGCAUAAAUAUGUGAGACAUUUGUUCAGAGUAUAUGUGCAAUUGAGAUCAUUUUUAGCAGAGAGCUAUGCUUCUUUUUUGGUUAAAUUACAAAAAUAUAAAAGCUGGAAAGAAAGUUUUAUGUGAAUUCCUGAUAAUGUGCUUGCCUGCCACCUUAAGUAUUCAAUUUUGGUUAUACUUGAUAUGACACCUUCCCCCUCCCUCCCUCCCCUCCCCCCCCCCGUCUCUUCCCUAAACCACUUACUAGAUAAUGAAUUGUGAUGGAAGGUUGAUAUUGAUAUCUGGACAUUUUGGGUGUUAACCUAUGUUCAAAUGUAUCUAAACCUCCCUCUUCUCUCAGGGAACCAUUAACUGGAUGAAUGAGCAUGAGUCUUUAUUGUAAGCAUUCCUUUUUUUUUUUCUCUAUUCUUCACAUUUGAGUACCUAGAAUAGUCCAGACAACAACUGUGAGAAAUAGGAAUAAUAUUAUCUGCAUCUUGCUGCAAAGAAGCUGACCCCUCUGUACUGUGUCCUGAAUUUGCUUCCCCUCCUCAACUAAUCUAUGAGGUAUCCUUCUUUAAUUUUGUUAUUCUGUGGUAUUGUUACAUCAAUUCCCAUAAAUGUGAAAUGUUGCCUGCAUCUUCUAUGUAAAAGAAACAUCAAACUAUGUAUUGUAAGAAAAGUAUUUGGAAUACAAGAUAAAAUAAAUAAACCCCAUGUAUAGGAUUA